AUGGCGGAACAACAGCAAGAGGCGCAUUCGCUGUCCUCCAUGUUCCCUAAUCCGCCUCCCUUCUGGCAAGAGUUCACAACAGAUAAAAUCGCCCGGGUUCAAGAGUUGAGGACAUCACAUAUCGCCGAACAUGGUGGUGAGCCUUUGACAGUUCGCGUGCCUGACGUCCCUACGGACCUGGUCAAUCUCCAACCUCCAGCUGAGCCUGCUGAUGGGCGCUGGCGUGUUUUCGGUGACCAGUAUAUGCUGGAUGAUAAACUCCCCACUCUUGAGGAUCAGGGCAUCACCAAUCUUCCUUCAUCAUCACAGUCCGAAUCCAAAAAAGAUGCCAAACGCUUUGACCGCGCUUUUGAGCUCAAGCGCCUAGCAAAAUCUCUUCUCCUCAACUUCCUGGAGCUCUCUGGGAUACUAUCACACAAUCCAUCACAGGCUGAGGCCAAAGUCCAAGACCUGCGUACCCUCUUCAUCAACUUCCACCACAUUCUCAACGAGUACCGGCCACACCAAGCGCGAGAGUCGGUCAUCGCGCUCAUGCAGGAGCACCUGGACAGGACGCGGACGGAAACUAUGGCCAUCCGGACGCAGGUCGACAAGGCGCGUCGCGUGCUUGAUGGCUUGGGCAGUUUAAGCGUGCCCGAUGUGCCCAAGGCGUUGGGGCAACACACUGGGGAGGAAGAUUGGGAGACGUUGGCCAAACAAAGAGAGGCUGACGUGUGGGCUGCUACGGAUGCAUUGUUCACUUGA